AUGGUUACCAUCGCUAUCCUACGACCCGCGCGCGGCACAAAGCUGUCGCAAUUCACUGCGCGCUCUCUCCAGGCCACCGCCGCCUUCGCUGCCCGCCGCUCCUUCUCCUCCUACCUCGUCACCCCCAAGGAGCUCGACGAGGCCCUCAAGAAGAAUCCCCCCUCCAAGAUCAGCCCCGAACCGCGCACCAUUCCCCUUUGCGCCUCCUGGUUCCUUCCCAACGAUGGCCGCACCGGCAUUGAGGUCUACCGUCAACAGCGGAUUCCCAAGGCCCGUUUCUUCGACCUCGACAAGGUCAUUGACCGCCGUAGCGAGUACCCCCAUAUGCUGCCUUCCGCCAAGGACUUUGCAGCGGCCAUGAGCGAGCUGGGCAUCCGCAAGGAGGACACCGUCGUCGUCUACGACACCAAGGAGCUGGGCAUCUUCAGCGCCCCGCGCGUCGGCUGGACCCUCAAGAUCUUUGGCCAUCCCAAGGUCCACGUACUGAACAACUUCAAGCUCUGGGUCGAGCAAGGUCUUCCUACCGAGUCUGGCGAGCUCUAUAAUGUCGAGUGCUGUACCUACCCCAUCCCCAAGUUGGAUGAGGGUAAGGUCGCUGAGUUCGAGGAGGUGCGCGAGAUUGCGCUGGACCACAACAAGGAGGGCGCAGAGGGUGUACAGAUCCUUGAUGCGCGGUCUCCCGGCCGUUUCGCGGGCACCGAUCCGGAACCCAGGCCUGGUCUGUCGUCUGGCCACAUGCCCGGCUCCAUUAACAUCCCGAUGACCGCUGUCCUGGAUCCCGAGACCAAGACGUUCUAUCCCGCGGAGAAGCUCAAGCAGAUUUUCCAGGAGAAGGGUGUCAAUCCUGAGAAACCCAUCGUCUCGAGCUGCGGAACCGGCGUAACUGCCUGUGUCAUUGAGACCGCUCUCGAGGAGGCUGGAUGGGGCUCUCCUGAGACGCGCAGAGUCUACGAUGGAAGCUGGACUGAAUGGGCACAGCGGGUCAAGCCUUCUGAUUCACUCAUCAGGAAGAACGACGUCGAGUUGCGUCUAGUUGCGAUACCCUCACUACCCCACUUCUGGUUUUCUCUGGUUUUCAUGUACGAUAUCCGGCACAUCACAGCUUUGGAGUUUGCAUUGCGCAUGGGAGAGCAGGCCACGGUAAUGGAUCACGAUUAUGGACAAUUUGUGUGUUUGGAUGCCUUACAUGAGCUUGCACGCAUGACACACUGUACUCUACCUCGGUGUGGUUCGGGCUCGCCAAACCCGUCCAAUGAGCCCGCCUUGAGCACAAUCGCAAAAUAUUCAGCCGGCCCUGACAGCCACCACAGACCCCCGCAAAAAAAAGUUGUACCCGAAUCGCGAAAUAACUUCCUCCCCCUUCGAAACACCACGCAACCGGACUAA